AAGAAAAGGAACACCGGAAAUGAACUAAACGGUGACCUGGAAGAUCUUUCAUUUUAGCUGAAGAACGAAACUUGCCUGUGGUUUCCCACUAUGUACGUCUGAGGACCACAACCAUUAAACUAGCUGUCCUGCCUGACCUGGAAUAAGCGAUGAUAGCAGUAUAUGUUAAACAUUUAUAUUGUACACGGUCAUAAUAACCAAGCGCAACUUUUCGGCCCUGAAAGAAGCUUUUCUCUGCUAUCAGGCACUGGGAAGCUAACUUUGCGUUAGCUGUUUACCGGAUACCGACAGAUACUUCAAGAACAACCCCAACAAAUUGGAGCUCAUCAGUUGGAGCAGACGAAGACGGCAAUAAUUGAGGGGAGUCAAACACCCCUGAUUGUCUGGUCCUGAGAUGACAUCACAGCAGCCACAUCUUCCCAAUGCUGUUAGUCCUCCCCAGCUUGCCCAAAACUCCUCUGCUCAUCACGCUCAACCUCAGAUUCAGGCCAAUCAGCUGGACUCAAGUCAGAGUAGUGCAAGUGCUGGACCUCUGGAUCACAGAGCUCUGACAGGUAGGCCCGGCUGCUCAGGUGUGGCAGCAGCAAGUGGAGAAGUGGCCAACAGAAACAUUCCUCCUUCCUGCACCAACUCCAUCUUGUCCAAAAGGAGUGGUGGCUUCGAGCCAUGGCCUGAGGAAGCAGUGGACAAUUCCCAUGGGCUUUACUCACUUCAUCGCAUGUUUGACAUAGUUGGAGCCCAGCUAACCCAUCGGGAUGUCAGAGUACUGUCAUUCCUGUUUGUUGACGUGAUUGACGAAUAUGAGCGUGGUGGCAUCCGGAGUGGACGGGAUUUCUUGCUUGCCCUAGAGCGUCAAGGUCGCUGCGAUGAGACUAACUUCCGACAUGUUCUCCAGCUUCUACGGAUUAUAACCCGCCACGACCUAUUGCCUUACGUCACACUCAGGAAACGGCAGGCUGUUUGUCCAGAUCCUGUUGACAAGUACCUGGAAGAAACAUCAGUGCGCUACAUUUCACCAAGAGGCGCCGUGCAGAGCAAGGACACGGCGCCUCACAGAAGAACAGGUCCUCAGCAAUUCAUUUGCUGUUCCCCAUCAGGACCCAAUGUUGGACCUCCACAAACCAAGCCAGCGCCUCUGGUCCAGAACCGCAAACGGAGAAGUCAUUUGUCAGUUGACUGCAGAGAAAAGCAAACAUGUGAUAUUCGCCUCCGGGUUCGUGCUGAAUACUGCCAGCAUGAGUCUGCACUUCAGGGCAAUGUCUUCUCCAAUAAGCAGGAGGCGGUGGAGAGACAGUUUGAGCGCUUCAACCAGGCAAACACUAUUCUCAAAUCCAGAGACUUGGGCUCCAUCAUCUGUGACAUCAAGUUUUCUGAGCUUACUUACUUGGAUGCAUUCUGGAGGGACUACAUCAAUGGAUCGUUGCUAGAGGCUCUGAAGGGAGUUUUUAUCACAGAUUCAUUAAAACAGGCUGUUGGCCACGAAGCUAUAAAACUAUUGGUCAAUGUUGACGAGGAGGACUACCAGGCUGGUCGACGUAAACUCCUCCGCAAUUUAGUCACAAGUGGAGGAAGCCCACCAGGAGCCAUCAAAGACUCUGUGUCUUAGACAGGACAAAGGGCAGAUGUGAUGAUGCUGUUUCAGGGGCCUUUAUUGUGUGCCUGAAAGGAACUGAAGGACUUUUAAACACUGCAUUGGUAUAUUGAGAGAUGACGAUAUCCUAUAAACUCAAGUGUAGCAUGCAAGGUGAUUUCACUUUCCUUAGGGGAGGACAUGCUGAAUAUAGCGUGCGUUGAGUUGAACUCAUUUCUUGUUUCUGGUAUAUUUGCUCAUUGUGUUGUUUGAUAGAUCCUUUUCACAACCUGUUCAGCUCUUUUCAAUACAGGGAAAAUGAAGCUGAAAAGUUACUCCCAAUGGGAGUAUUACCGUAUUAUCAAACUAUUUGUUUCCCAGGUUCAUGAUAGAUUGAUUGGAUCAACUGGUUUGUAACUUGUAGAAAGGAGCAACAACAUAACAAUGUGGAAUACUUCCGCACAACUUCAACGGUUGAUGACUUUAUUUACAGCUCGGAAAUAUCAACAUUGUUUCCAAAAGGCACUUAUCCUGCAUCGUAUUUGCAUUCUGUGUUCGUUUUCAUCACUAAAACAGGUUUGGAAUAAACGAUUGAAAGUUAAUUACACCAUCAACGAAACAAAUAGAGGGCAGGAUGUGUCGGGGCUUUCAAUUUAAAAUCCCCUUUAUAUUCUGCUUUGUCAAGGUUUCACAAUUGUCUGUAAAGCGUAACCCUUUCAGAUGCCUUUUUUCUUUGCUCACAUGUGGUCUCGACAUCUUUGUCUUGGCUUUGUUUUUUAAAAUUCUUUGUUUGCAGUAUGGCUUGGUACCAGCAGCUGUGAUUCUGGCCUAAUGGGACAUUUCAAAUGUCUACAGUAGUUGACCUUUGUGGGUCAUUUUAAUGUGUUGAAUCCUAUCCAACACAUUAAAAAACAACGUGACUCACAGAUUCAUUCAGUUUGCUUUUAAGUAUGUUUUAGUUUUUCAAAUCGGUGCCACUUUUAUCGUCAGCUUGUACUUCCACUCGCUCUGCUGACACAAAUAACUUUUUUCACAUUUUAAAUACCAGCUCCAGUCAGUAGAAAUGCCAUCUGGUGAGUGUGGAUUCUUCUCAUUUCAUUUUAAAUUCAUGACGUCAUGGGGUCGCACUGUGGGUCAGUCUACAUGUGUGUCACCCCAGGGAGGGCAGUGCAACAGUGUUACUGUUAACCCUAAAACAAGCUAUGAAAUGAGGUGGUUACAUUGAACUAGUAACUGAUGACUUGCAGUCUCAAACUACCUUUCUAGAACACAGUCUGCAGUGUGCUGGUGAGCUUCCUGCUUCCUACAGCCAGCAGUAGUUUUUGUGUGGUAUGUCACAGGCUAAUUCAUAAUACAUGACUAUGUUUCUUCAACACAUGGCCAACUGGUUGAAUUAGUUUUCAUACUAAGUGAAUGGAGAAACUCAUGCAUGUGGUGGAUGUAACUAUAAAAACCUUCUCACCAGACAAUCCUAAUAAACCCCUAGAUUAUCUUUAGUGACAAUGAAAUGCUUGCUUUUCACAAGCACAGCAGCUAGUUUUUCAUGGUAGAAGAAAGAUUGUGGUUACGAUUAUGUGACAGUACAUCAAAAGACAAAAUGUCAUGCUUUUGUGAUGAGUUUAUUUUUUAUUGACAAGUAGAAAAGAGAUUUGUCAUUUACUAGUCUAAUGCUCACAUUGUUUUCAUCUCUAGCCAAAUGGUUGACAUAAAAAUCAGUUCUCUUUUUAGAAGUUUAAUAUACAAAAAUCUACCAAAUAUAUUCCUCCUGUUAAACAAAUCCAACCUAUUUCAUCUCUGCUGUUGCACCAGCACCAUGGUUACUUUUUAAAACACCUGUUUUGAAUGACUGGCCACUAUUAAUGUAAAUGAUAGAUUAGGCCUACAAUUUACAUUGUUACUCCAGUUGCAUUUCAUGUAAAGUUUGCAUCUAUUAUAUAGGUCAAUAUACGUUAUGUCAGUCAAAUGCAGUGGCCCUUAUGCAAAAUUGCAUGUAUUUGUAACCUGUUGUCUCCAUAAAUGUCAUAGAAACUCACAGUGCUAACAUUUUGUAAAUAACCAUAUUGUGAGUCAGAUUUCUUAAAUCCAUUUUGCUUUUCUCAAAAAAGGAUAAGUAGGACUGUUAAUAAAUGAAAUGCAGUGCUUUGGAAAGUCCCAGUCUUAGUUGUCUUUUAAUGUAACAUCAGUUAUAUCCAGACAACACAUCCCAACAAGCUGCUUCCUCAUUGAAUGCUUUUCUUGGUCUGUAUCUGCAUUUAACACAAACCUUGCGCCUCAGCUUCCUACAGUAACCAUGGGAGAAAGAAAUCCACAUUUUGUCUCACAAAUUAAGUACACCCAAAUUCUUCAGUCCAUACAUGUCUUUGCAGAGAUUUGAAUGUAUACUUCGGUGUAUGUUGGUGGUUAUUUUGCUUGACUUGUUGACCAAUAAAAGUAAACUUUGCUGUGUUUA